CUUUCGAUUUACUUAUCCGAGUCGGACCCUGAGACAAAUCCCUGUCGCCGUCUAAAAGCCAAAAGUGAAUAAACCCUAGAAGGAUCCGUCCUACAAGCUCACGAGUCUCGGCAGCGGCCGCUUCCCCGCCCUCCCCCCGCGUCUCUCCGGCAACCAUGACGUUCAAGAGGAGGAAUGGCGGUCGCAACAAGCAUGGAAGGGGGCACGUUAACUUCAUCCGCUGCUCCAACUGCGGCAAGUGCUGCCCUAAGGACAAGGCUAUUAAGAGGUUUCUUGUCAGGAACAUCGUAGAACAAGCCGCGGUCAGGGACGUUCAGGAAGCCUGCGUCUAUGAUGGGUACACUCUGCCGAAGCUCUACGCAAAGAUGCAGUACUGUGUUUCAUGCGCGAUCCACUCGCAUGUGGUUCGUGUGCGUUCGCGCACUGCGAGGCGCAACAGGGAGCCCCCGCAGCGCUUCAGGAGAAGGGACGAUCUUGCUAAGGCUGGGCAAGGUCCCCGUCCUGGAGCACCUGCAAAUCCCGUGCGCCCGUGAUGAAUCUGCGACCAAUACACUGCCCUAGUCUGUUCAUCUAUUUUGAUGAAAUUUUGAUGUUAAAGACUUUUUGUAGUUUCCAUUAACUUUGAUUGAUUUACUUUGUGUUUGCUGAGAAAUACUCAGGUGUAGCAUUGAUAUUUUUUUUGAGAUAUUUGAUUAGAGGAUGGUCUAUCAGUAGACUUUAAUAUGGCACCUUAUUGGUCAAUUUAAUGGUAUUUUCUUGUUCAUGAUA